AUGGAGAUUCCGGCCAAAUUGCCGUUCUCUAAGCGGCGGCUCCGACCGCGCGUAGUAAUCUCCUACAUAUUUGACUAUGUGAUCUUAAUCAUUUGUGUGAUUGGAUUCUGGAUCCUCGACUCCCUCGAACCAUACCAUCAACACUUCUCUCUCACCAAUAUAUCCCUCCAAUAUCCUUAUGCUGUCCACGAGCGUAUUCCGAUCGCAUACGCCCUUUGUAUCUCCGGUGCCUUCCCGCUCGUUCUCAUUAUCGUCUAUACUCUCUUCAUCGAUGGCUUGUUCUCUCACCACAAGACACAAGAUCCGGUGUCUGGGAAGCGGAAACUGCGAGGACCGUGGCGUUGGAAGGAUCGCCUGUGGGAGAUGAACUGUGGAAUACUGGGUCUUCUGCUGUCACAGGCAUUGGCAUUUCUCAUCACACAGGUGCUGAAGAAUGCGUGUGGGAAACCUCGCCCUGACUUGAUCGAUCGGUGCCAGCCACUCGGCGGAAGCGUGGACGCGAAAAUAUACGGUCUGUCUAAUUCGUCAAUUUGCACCGGGGAAGCAUCUCUCAUCAAGGAUGGGUUUCGAUCAUGGCCUUCCGGUCAUAGCAGCUCCUCUUUCGCAGGCUUGUUCUACACGUCAUUGUGGUUGGGAGGUAAGUUGCAUAUAAUGGACAACCGCGGUGAAGCUUGGAAAUCCCUCCUUGUCACGAUUCCGAUCCUUGCAGCAACCCUUGUCGCAGUGUCUCGCAUCAUGGAUGCGCGCCAUCACCCAUUCGACGUGAUCACCGGCUCGCUACUUGGUGUCGCCUGCGCCACGCUUUCAUACCGCCAGUAUUUCCCUCCAAUCACCGAAGCUUGGCGCAAGGGCCGGGCAUACCCCAUUCGCACCUGGGGAACCGAGCCAACAGCCCCGAUCGAUGCGAAGUUCAGCGCACUGGACGACAGUACAACCGCUUUACGGAACCCAGAAAUGGAGCGAUUAAACGUGCCCGGUCCUCGCAAACGCUCUACAUCUCCACUUCAGCCUGCCGACUCGACAGGAUAUGCGAUUCCUGGCAAUCCUUACGCCUCCUCGCAGGUAUAUCCUCGUCGGGCGCAUGAUCAUGACCCGGAUGGAAACUGGUCUUCUAGCGAAGAUGAUGUCGGUGAUGGCUAUGAGAUGCAACCCGGAUAUGCGACAGCACAGAACGCUGGUGUCAAUCCUAGUUCAGUUUCUUUUGACACUCAUACCGCGUAUGAACCUCCAGCGCACGCGGCGCCUACUGGCCAUACAGGCCAACAAGAGUUAUUCAACGAUGCCGCGGGUCGGCAAGUGUAA